AUGGACCUCCAAACCCUCUCCGACAACCUAACCUGGCAAAACGCCCUCCUCGCCGCCGGAGGCGCCUACAUCCUCCUCAACUUGAAGGGACUUCCCUUCGUGUGGCAUAUCCGCCUCCUGAACGUCCUAAAAUCACACAUCCUCCUCAACCGCCCCCGCACCAUCUCCAUAACCAACGGCCCUCACACCCCCCAAACCCUCUUCUACCCGAUCAUCACCACUUCAUCCUCCCCCCUCCUCGAAACCGACUACAACAUGCACAAAUCCAACGCCACGUAUUUCACAGACCUGGACAUCAACCGCGUGCACUUGAUCGCCUCGCUGUUCAAGAAUCAGCUGUCGUUGGGCUUCUCCGGCGGAGAACUGGGCAUUGCGUUGGGAUCGACGGCGUGCGUGUUUAAGAGGGAGAUUAAGCCGUAUCAGGGGUAUGAGAUCCAUUCGAGGGUGUUGGGGUGGGAUGGGAAGUGGUUGGUUUUGGUGAGUCAUUUUGUUAGGCCUGCUGGGGCUGGGAAGGGGGUGGGGGAGAAGAGGAUUUUGGCGUCGGCGGUGACAAGGUAUGUCUUUAAGAAGGGGAGGGUGUCGGUUAGUCCGGAGACGGUGCUCACGGCUGCCGGGCUGUUGCCGGAGAAGGGCGCGGAGGUGAAGGAGGGGGAUUGGUCGUGGGAGAGGGUCGAGGAGGAGAGAUUGAAGGGGUUGGAGAUCGCCAAGCCGUUUUUGGCGUUGGAUGAGUUGCAUAAGACGUUUCGGGGGGAUGGGAAUGCCAUUGGGGUGUUUUAA